CGCUUAGCCCGGAUUUGCUUCUGUCCAUCUCCGCCAGAACUUCAGCUCUUGAAACCAAGACUUUGAUACCUCGGAUCUCUGCGUCCUCGUCGUCAUUUCGUCCCAAUUAUCUCUAGGGGUUUGCAAGCUUCGAUACAAGUGUGAGCUAGCCUUAUGGCGUGACAACUUAGCAUGUUAUGCUGCGUUUUCUUGAUUACGAUUACAUGCCUUUUCCGCUGUACGAUUCCGCGUCCUCUCACCGUGAUCCGUCAAUCGCUCCAUCCUCGUCCACAUACUUUCCAUACUUUCCACACAUUCGCUACUGAUGAAAAUCGCCGCUCGAGCCACGGGCAUGCCGGAGCCAUACACCGUGCCAUCAUCGAAGCAGUUUGAUGGUAAUGACGGAUACUGGAGCACCUUUGUGAUCAGCGUCGGAACACCCGGUCAGGACUUUCGCGUGUUGCCCAGCACCAAAGGCAGUGUUACGUACUUGAUCGCGCCAGAAGGAUGCAUAGCAGGAGUCGAUCCUGACGAUUGUGACAAGUCGCGAGGAGCGAAUGUCUUCAACAGCGCGCAAAACGUCGGCUUUCAGACCAAUGUCUCAACGUCAUGGUCAAAUAUGGGUCAAUACGAGCUGAACCUAGAGAAUGCGCUCAACUACACAGGAACAGGUCUCUUUGGUCUAGACAGAGUACAUUUGGGACCAGCCGCGGUAAGCACCUCGCUGCAAAUGGAUCGUCAGAUUGUAGCUGGGAUUGGUUCACUGGAUUACUACAUGGGUGUGUUGCCGCUGGGCAUGGCAGAUUCCAGUUUCUCAAGUCUAAGCCAAUCGACUGACUCAUUACUGGUUCAAUUGCGCACUGCCUACAAGAUCCCCAGUCUUUCGUAUGGCUAUACGGCCGGCGCAAAGUAUCGAUCGAAAUCCGUUUUCGGGAAUCUGAUACUGGGCGGCUAUGACUCGACGCGUUUCACGCCAAGUACCACUGGAUCCUCCUUCACGUUCUCUAACGACCCGUCCAAAUUAUUGACUGUUGGUGUCGAUUCCAUCCUGGCGACAAACACACUUCGCGGUACAUUUUCACUCACUUCUGGCGCACAUUUCUCCGUUGUCGACUCAACUGUCCCACAUUUAUGGCUACCGAGAGAUGUCUGCGAGCAAUUCGAGGCCGCGUUUGGACUCACAUACGAUGCACAAACCGAUUUAUAUCUCGUUAACGACACAAUUCACGCCCAAUUAUUGUCCAAUAACCCAAUCAUCACACUGAAGCUGAUAAAUUCACUGGUUGGCUCAUCAACGAACUAUACAAACAUCAAAUUGCCAUACGCCGCUUUUGAUCUCAAAGCCUCAUAUCCAUAUUUCAAGAACGCCACGAACUACUUUCCUAUACGGCGCGCUGCCAACGAAACUCAAUUUAUUCUUGGUCGAACGCUGCUUCAAGAAGCAUACUUGAUUGUCGACUACGAACGGGCAAACUUCACGUUAGCACAAGCAGUGUUCCCAGAUCCCCUGCCCGCUGAGAAAGUAGUCACAAUCACACCACCUGACUCCCCAACCGAGUCCACCUCAUCUCAUCUCAGUAACGGCGUCAUCAUCGGCAUCGCUGUCAGCGCAGCCGCCAUUCUCUUCCUCGUCGCCAUUUUCAUAUUCUUCUGGCUUCGCAAACGCCGCGCCCGCCGCCAAUCCUACGAACUCGCCAACAACAACCCCGUCUCAGACUCUGGCUCCAUCAACCACGUUGUCAAUCACAAAGCGCACGCCACGCUCCAAAAAUCUUCUGUUGUGCAGGAAAUUAGUGGCGUGCAACCAACUGAACUCGCGUCUCCUGCUACUCCCUAUCAUGAUAGCCGUGGAUAUCUGCAGGAGCACAAGAUGGUUGCUAUCCUGAACAAUAACGAGCCGCUGGAAUUGCAUGCUGAUUCUCGUGGGCCGGAGGAAUUGCAUGCUGAGUCUUGCGCGCCGGUUUCGCCCACUGGGCAGGUGGUAAAUGUGGCAUCGAUGCCAGUAGGACAGUAUUACGAAAUGGACGGCCAGAGCAGCACGGGCAUAAGUCGCAUACCCAGUGAGGCUGGGUAUGGAAGUAAUCGGGGACAGCAUUCAGGCAUGUCGCCUAUUACUAGAUAAUUUCUCUUACUGCCUUUGUAAUAUCGUUUGCCAUAGUAACGUACCUCACGGCUUGGCCGCCCACCCGGGUUGGCCACCCACUUUUGCCAUGCCCCCACCAAAACCACCCGAUUCUGUCGCAAAAUAGCCUACCUUAGCCUUGUAUAGCAUAAUGCAACGCGAG